AUGAGCGAGAGACCAGAAACAAUAGUACAUGAUACACCACAACCACCAUAUCCAAUACAUGGAAAAGCUUCAAUAAUAUCGGGAUUUGGUAGAGGAUCAAGUGAAUUAGGUAUACCAACGGCAAAUAUUCCAAUAAUAGAUGAAUCAAUAAAUAAUUUACAAACUGGUAUAUUUUAUGGAUGGGCUAAAAUUCAUCCAAAUCCUGAAUUAAAAGAUUCAACAGAAAAAAGAAUAGAUGGUAAUGAAAUUGUUUUCAAUCAUGGUAAUAAAUUAAAUCAACAAGAAUUAUGUAUAUUCCCAAUGGUAAUGUCAAUUGGUUGGAAUCCAUUUUAUCAUAAUAAACAAAAAGCAGCAGAAAUUCAUAUCAUAAAUAAAUUUAAUGAUAAUUUUUAUGGUGCUAAAAUUGAAUAUAUUGUUUUGGGAUAUAUUAGACCUGAAUUAAAUUAUACAACAAAAGAAGCUUUAAUUAAUGAUAUAAAUUUAGAUAUUAAAAUUGCAAAAGAAAUUUUAUCAAAACCUGGAUUUGAAAAGUAUAAAGAUGAAUUGAAGUAG